UUACUAGCCCAAAGCAUGACAACGCCGAAACGCUCCUAACAUUUCACCUCUAACCAUGCGUUGCGACGCAAAACACGGUUCUGUAUGCUCAACAGACCUAGGCACGCUAGGCUGUCAUGUGGCUGUGUACUGUGAGAACGACUCUCACGAUCUGAUUCCUCGACUGAGAAGGGAAACAAUGGGAUGAAACGGUUUUAACGGCCGUGAUGACGUACGAAAAGAGCUGAUCUAUGCCAUACAGUGUCUCAUGUGUGCGGGCAAGCACCCAGCACUACAUGUGUAGCAACUGACCGUUGGGAGCUGGCAAACCAGCAAACGCCGUCUCCCUCCAAGGAAUGUGACUUAAUCGCAACGACCUUGCUGGCUGACGGAGAGUGCAUCAUUGUGCGCCUGCUUACUUCUUUCAUGAACCCUUAAAGAGAGCAACCUGCAAAUCAGAUUCGAGCCCUGCUGGCAUAGCCUCCUGUUCAGCAACGGGACUAUGAACGAUGCGACAGACUCCAUGUUGGCGAUCUACUGUUUGUUUACCUUAUGUUUCUCUCCCUUUAUCGUCCCCCAGGCCUGGAGCCGAAAGCAGAACCGAAAAACAGGUAUCGAAGUCUGCCGAUUCUGCAGAACAGUGCGCGCUGACAUGAUCUAACGGCAUGUACCUUGUGGCCAGACUGGCGACUCUUCGAUUUCAACUAACCGCCUGUGUUCGGUUGCGGCUGUUGUAAAGAGCCGGGGCUGUUUGAUUUGUAGACUUUUGGUGGACGGCCGACGAAGCCUCGAAGGGGCCCGUGGCACAAGGCCACCACCACCACAGAACGCACAUACACAUACCUGUACAUACGGCUGACACCUGUCCGAGUCGGGUUACCAUUUGACGAUCGGCUAGUUGAAGAGCCGGGUUGUUCCCUCCAGAGUUUUAGCCAGGAUUCUACCUGUUGCCUUCCUCCCCCACCCCCGUGGAAUUUGUUUGCCAUCUCAAACGAUAUGCGCACGAGCCGAGAGGAUCACCACCCUUGAUCACCACGGCCGGCGGGAUGUCACGGUUCAGCGGCGCAUGAAACAAACCUUCGGAAAUACCAGACUGCAUGGGCUACAUACUGCCCAAUGAUAAGGCCAUCUGAGAUAGUCACUAAUCAACAGCAAGAUCCCUUAUGGUUAUUCGAGCCCCUCCUAUUUGCUCACACAGCGUCUCACGGUAGUUGCGACAGAGUUCUUCACAGGCGUCCCAUCUGUGACGCGACCCUCUCGUUCUCGUGCGAUCGCCGAGCUAUGGAGCUUGUCAACUCAGCCCAGGCGUCGGUUUCCCGCCACAACGCAUGUGGUUCAUCGCUAUGACUCGGAAGUCUGGCCCCCUCCAUCCUGUUUGGUUCCUCGGCCGCCGUCUCUGGGUGGACUAGGUGGGACUCUAUGGACAGCCUCGGAACCCAACGCUUGCGCUGUAAAUGCUUCUGAAAAAGAGCCCGGUCCCUCCCACCUUUCCGGAGCCUCCUGUUGCGUUCCAUUCCAUGGUUCUGCUCCACGACAUCAUCGGCCCCUUACCCUCACAGCAACCAUGGUGAACACAGGGAAGCCAUCGGGUGGCUGUAAGUUGUGCAGGGCACGAAGAAUCAAGUGCGACGAGGGCAAGCCGUUCUGCAUGCGAUGCAGGAAGUCGCGGCGGCAGUGUCCUGGUUACCGCGAUCCGUUCGAGGCCAACAUACGUGACGAAACGGAGGCCACCAUCAAGAGAUUCAAGAAGUCCAGGGGAGAAGACGACUCGGAGGACGAAGGCAAGGAUAUCGUGCCGAUUUGCAACAAGCAAUGCUUGAAGACCGUUGCCGGCCCGAAGUACAAAACGCUCGACUACUCGAACCCCGCUGCCUUCCCCUAUCAUGACGAUGAUGAUACCACCGACGAGGAUAAAGACAUCCCCGCGUCCAUGUUCGACUCGCUAGACGAACAGGCCUCCUGUUACUUCCUGUCCGAGUUCAUUAUUGUUCCUUGUACGCCGGCGGCCCGGGGUUACUACCGGUUCCUCCCUCGUUUUUUGAGCGGACCAAAGGUCUCCAAGUGUCUCUCCCAAGCUUACAAGGCCGUCUCGCUCGCAGCCCUGGCAAGUCGCCGUUCUGUCGACGCCGGUGCCGCCUUGUUCCACGCCCAAGGGCACUACGUCCGGGCUGUCCGGGCCGUCAACAAAGCGAUCAUGGACCCUCAGGAGGUGCUGAACGACCAGACUCUCGGGGCGGUGCUGAUGCUAGCGUUCUACGAGAUGUUGACGUCGUCCCGAGAUUCCAUUACCGAAUACAUAAACCACAUGAAAGGCGCUGCCAUCAUGGUCAAGCUCAGGGGCCAAAACGGACUCGAGACGCCCGAAGGCGAGGAAAUGUUUGCGAUAACCCGAAACCAGUGCCUCUCCAUCCACUGCCUUCCCAACUCCCCCGAGGUGUCCGAGUUCACCUGGCUUCUACACCACGAGUGCCGCGGCCGGAUGCAGCACGCGAUAGCCAGUAUGGAUAUCCAGAGCAGCCAGAUCAGGCAGGACGUCGAUCGCCUUCUUGGAGCCGGGGACCGCAAGCCCGAAACAACCCAGAAGGUUCUCAACGCUCUCAGGCGCGCCCAGGCCCUGGAGGCCAAGUUUCGCAGGCUCAACAACGACCCCAGCCCGCAGUGGAAGGUCGACACGAUUGAGCUGAUUCCCGAGCUGUCCGAAGAGGAGCUCGACACGGCGGAGAGCUUUACCGGCCCCGUGUACGGGUUCUUCAAUCUUCCCCUGGCCAUCCUCCACGUUGCCACCUGGUGCUGCCAUCUCAUGCUCACGACCACGAUCCUCCGGUGUAUGGCCUGGCUCGUGUCGCCCAACGACUACCGCCUCGACGAGGAAUACGAGGAGCUCAAGCGCUCGGCCCAACUGCGCAUCCAGGACACUAUCGCGUCGACGCCCUACUUCUGCAAGUGGAACGGCUAUGGCGUCGUCGUCGCACAGUUUCCGGUCGGCACCACCAGGCCCGACGAUCCUCUGAAGGGUGCCGCCGGCUUGAUGAUCCUGUGCCCGUUAGUCACUGCGUGCAGCAGCGAUUUCGCGACCCACCAGCAAAGACGCUUCCUGAGAGGCCGCCUCAAGUACCUGGCCGAGGUGGCCGGCAUCAAGCAGGCCAAUGUUUUCUACAACAUGAAAGACGUAUUGUCCCCGUCUCGGGAGAUUGAACGAGAUCGCAUGCAGGAUGCCAGCUCGCCAACAUAUCCCUUCUGAUCGAAGCUGCGAACUCUUCGUGCGUUCGCAUUUCUUUGGGGCUCAGACAACAGCGGAUGGUUGAUCACCCCUCCCCUCUCUUAUACUAUACUUUGGUUUUUAUCCUCUCGAGUCAUACAUUUCUCAGCGUCUAGCGAUCUCCACGCUUUCUGGUUUGCAUGCAUAGAACUGCCGUGACUUCUGUGUACGAACUACCGACAUGGAUGCAGGAUUUAGUGUGGCGCGUAUACCGAGAGACGUUCUAUGGAGGCCCCCCCCCCCCGUCUCCCGCGUGAUGCCACGGGCCCAGCGAGCCAUGUCGGUCGUUACUUUUGGACAAGCAGGUGCCUCAUCACAACGAAGUGCUUGUUUAUACGCC